UGUCAGAUCAUUUUAAAACAUAACGAACCUUUACGAACUGUGAGCAAAGGAAGGAUUUUGUCCGAGUGAUAUCUGUCUGAUUGCUUCUUGUAAAAGUAUUUUGAGGUAUUAAGUGCAACCUAAUUAUUAUGACAAUGAAGAGUGAAGUGCUAGAAUUGGAAACUAAAAUAAUAAACCACGAAGCAUACGGAACUUCAUACAAAUGGGCUCCAAGGGAUUUCGAACUAGGUUCUGCUCUCGGUCAAGGCAAAUUUGGACACGUUCAUGUCGCUAAAGAAAAGAAAACUGGAUUUUUAGUAGCGAUCAAAACGCUAUUCAAAUCUCAAAUCGUACGAUCAAAAUGUGAGCGUCAGGUUCUGAGAGAAAUUGAAAUUCAAUCACAUUUGAAACAUCCAAAUAUUCUACGGUUGUUGACUUGGUUCCAUGACGAGCGUCGUAUAUACCUAGUAGUGGAGUUUGCUGCUGGUGGCGAACUUUAUAAACACCUUACAAACUCACCUAAGGGUCGGUUCCCUGAAGCUAAAGCGGCUAAAUACAUAUACCAGGUUGCAGAUGCAGUUGAAUACUGUCACCAGCACCAUGUGAUACACAGAGACAUAAAGCCAGAGAACAUUCUGGUAGCAUUCAGUGGAGAUCUAAAGCUUGCUGACUUUGGAUGGUCAGUGCAUGCUCCUUCAGAAAGGCGUAAAACCAUGUGCGGUACACUAGACUACUUGCCUCCCGAGAUGAUAAAGCGUGAGGUGUAUGAUGUUUCCGUGGACCACUGGUGCAUUGGAGUAUUACUGUAUGAGUUUCUUGUGGGAAAACCUCCAUUUGAAAGUGAAGGCCAAGACAAAACUUAUGCAAGAAUCCUUGCUCUUGACAUGGUGUAUCCCAGCUAUGUUCCAGAAGGGGCAAAGGAUCUUAUUUCAAAGCUUCUGCGACAUUCAAGCAAAGACAGACUGUCAUUAGACGCUGUAAAGAAGCACUACUGGGUGCAACAGUUCCAGAGUAAUGGCGCUUAGUAUUCAAACAAUAAUCUUAAGUUAGUAUUAAUUCAUUAAUAUAACUGUAGUAAAACACUUGUAUAUAUCAUCACCAACAUUUUAAUCUUCAUUACAUAACAAACCCAUUAAAAUAAUUUAUUUUAUAAUUGUGAUGCUUCUUGUAUUGUAUAUAAUUAAAUUGAUUUUGUAUGCAUGA